UGGGAUGUACCUGAUCUGCAAUGACGUCUCUCUCGCUUCCGUUGUCCCUGAAAACAUGGCGAGGGUCAGCCGAUGUUCCCGUAAGGGAGCUCUCGACUUUGCACAGAAAAUAUACAACCAAUACCAGCUACAAUAUCUGGAUCAAGGAUUCAAAAGUGCAUUGCAGACCGGGUAUGUUGGUUUUGAUGAGAAUUUGAGGAAGAGUGGAAAGACUGUAAAUAAAUAUGAUCGUAAACCUCGAAUGUAUUCACUCUUCAACAAAAGUCAGCGUUUGAGAAACGCAACGUUUGGAGGACGUUCAAUAUCCUCCAUCUACGGCCGACACAUCUGGGCUCAGGGGCUGUUCGUGUUUGUCCGAGAAUACGGGGAAAACGGACAGAGAGCUGAGACUUUGUACAAAACUAAAACCGGCUACUAUGACGUUCUGGGUGUCUCGUCGAGUGCCACUCAAGCCCAGAUCAAAACAGCCUACUACAAGCAGUCCUUCAUCUACCACCCAGACAGGAAUUCUGGGAGUGAAGAAGCCACAAUCCGUUUCUCUGACAUUAACGAAGCCUACACGGUACUGGGGAACAAGGUUCUGAGGAGGAAGUAUGACCGGGGGCUACUCGGCCUGCACGACCUGACCGCCGGACAGACAGAAAAACCUCCCUCCAGAGAGGAAACUGUCCGGGCUUCCACGAUUAUUCAGCCCAGGAAAAAUCGCACUGCUAUAGAUAAAAUCUUGUCGCCGGAUAUCUAUGACUUAGACCAGUUCAUGAAGUCCCACUACAGUGAUCAGCUGCGGAAAGAAAAGGACACCAGAGCCCGCAGACAGGAGGAGCUCAAGGAGAAAGAACAGAACAAGAAGGGCGGGAAGUUGGGGAAUGGGUCAGAAAUUUAUUUUGGCGUGAUUUUUCUGGCCUGGGUAAUACUAAUUAGUUGCAAAGAAUGAUUUCAUGAAAAAAAUAGCUAAUAAUUAUAUUAACAGUUUGACAAUGUGGUGGCUAAGUUAACACCUGCAACAUGGUCUAGACUAGAGGAGUACCGUGUUGAUUUGCUGCUGGGUCCCCACCUGUUGUCUUAUAAAAUCCAUGCAUUGAUCUCAGAGGAACUGAAGCAUCUUCUCAUUCUUACAGUUUUAUUAUUGUAAAACUGUCACCCAGUCGUGAUGUAUUAAAGGCCUACGGCUCUCAUCAGUC